GUCGAGUCUGCCAUGAUUCUCUUCCCGUCUGGCCUCAAGCUUCUAUCCAAGCUAGUAUUGAAUCCCCUGCUAGCUCUCCUUGAUUGUUCUUUUUUUCUUGUCUCUGCUUCGGGCUCAACAAAGGUUUCGUCUCGAGUUAUCCAUUACCAGGGAAUACCUUCAACGGUCGCAUCCAUCCACAGAACUCGACAUGCGGUACAACUUUCUCCAAGACGCCGACAUAUGGCAAGAUGCGCCCAUCUUGACGGGCAGCACGAAGUUUGAGCCACAUCCAGAUGUCAAGAACAUCAUGGUCACCGGUGGAGCAGGCUUCAUUGCUUCCUGGCUGGUCCGACAUCUUACUCUCACGUAUCCCGACGCAUACAAUAUCGUCUCCUUCGAUAAGCUUGACUACUGCGCCUCCCUUAAUAACACCCGGGCCCUUAACGAGAAGCGCAACUUUAGCUUCUAUCAGGGUGACAUCACUAAUCCGGUCGAGGUCGUCGACUGCCUCGAGCGAUACAACAUUGACACCAUCUUCCACUUUGCCGCUCAAUCCCACGUCGACCUGAGCUUUGGCAACUCAUAUAGCUUCACCCACACCAAUGUCUAUGGAACUCAUGUCCUGUUGGAGAGCUCCAGGAAGGUUGGUAUCAAGCGCCUGAUCCACGUCUCCACUGAUGAGGUCUAUGGGGCGGUGAACGAUGAUGACGAUGAUCUGCUCGAGGCCAGUAUCCUUGCGCCCACUAACCCCUAUGCUGCUAGCAAGGCCGCUGCCGAGAUGCUCGUGAAUUCCUACCAGAGGAGCUUCAAGCUUCCUGUUAUUGUCGUUCGGAGUAAUAACAUCUACGGACCACACCAGUUCCCCGAAAAGAUCAUCCCCAAGUUUUCCUUGCUGCUUCACCGAGGCCAGCCCGUGGUCCUUCACGGAGACGGCAGCCCAACCCGCCGCUACCUCUUUGCAGGAGACGCCGCCGACGCCUUCGACACCAUCCUGCACAAGGGCGAGAUGGGCCAUAUAUACAACGUCGGCUCCUGCGACGAAAUCUCCAACAUCACGCUCUGCCUUAAGCUCCUCGCCGAGAUAGGCAUCGACGACCAGAACACGGCCGAGUUCAAGAAGUGGGUCAAGUAUACCCACGACCGCCCCUUUAACGACCACAGAUACGCCGUCGAUGCUACGAAACUGAAGCAGCUGGGCUGGACGCAACAGACGAGCUUUGAGAAGGGCCUGAAGCUUACGGUGGAUUGGUACAAGCGGUUUGGCGAGAAGUGGUGGGGUGACAUCUCGGCCGUGUUGAGCCCGUUCCCGCUCGUUGUGAACAAGAAUAUGAAAUCGGAUAACGAACCUAUCAGGGAUUCGCCAUGAGUGGUGUACUGCAGAAGGUAGAGUGAGAUACCCCGGAGGAUUUGUAUUAUUGGAUGAGCAUCGGUGUCUGUUGGGUAUACUUCUUA